GCUAAAUUACGUCAUGUGAAAACAGCUGUUUUUGUGAGGGCAUAUUCCAUAAUCUAAAAUAGCGGUAUAACCUCUACUCUCCAUACCUAAAAAAUAUUUAGUUAAAAUGUGGAACCACGCCUUCAGUUCAUUUGGAUUAUUUUAUCCGCAUCUCCUGCUCCUUGUUAACACCUAUAUCAGCUCUUUUGGAGAUUGCCUUUUUGUGACAGAUUAUUUCACCCGAACGCCUCGUAAACUCAACGCUUUCAAGUCCUUCACGAGCGUUGAGUUGUUUCACUUCAAUGUGCCUGAUGAUACUGUGAUGGCUGUCUGGAAUCUCAUCACGUUUAAGGAACAAGGAGGAACGUUUGGAGACUCCUGCCCUGAUCGCAAUGUAACUGUAUACAUCAGAUCCGGGGCGCCUCCAGUGAUCAACCCUCUUCACACACGCUUCCCCCUCGAUACCGUGGUGCCUGGCUCUUCUGCGGUCACUCUGACGUGGAUUCUUCCCAACCGUACCACGGGGGUGUUUAAUGUUACCAGUCCCCUCCCUGGGGACUGGUUCCUGGCAGCCCAUUUACCCAAGGACGAGGGGAAGAUCUCGGUCAAGGGUCUAUAUGAAGAAUGUCAGUACCUGUUCCAGCCGCAGCUCAUUGUUCAAAGGAUCAUUGGGUUGUCAGUGCUGUACCCUGGUUAUUUCAUUGAGCAGAUGAUCCCCAUACACAACAGAUCUGUGAUUUACAAAGUCUUCAUCCCCAGUUACAUCUCUAAAGUGAAGGUGCAGCUUGUCAACUGCAGCACCAGCAGUAAGAGCAGCAAUGGGGGUUGUCCAGUGGUUGUGAAGCUAAGGGCUCGGGCCCCCCCAGUGCACGACUCCACUUCCAUGGACUGCAGGGAGGAGAGCGUCUGUGAGCUACACACACCACUGGCUGUCUGGGAGCAGUGGUACUACAUCCUGGUCGAGAGAUUUUUCACUAACUCGAGCAUCUUCUUCCGCAUAGGAGUGCAAGUAACAGAUUGCUCCAAGCCCAGUGUCUCCAAGGACUCUCCAAGCGCCUCGUCUCUUAACAUGCCCCAGUCCUUUGGCACGGCUAUGGGCUUCUCCCUGUCUGAAACUCUCCCUGCCUCCCACCUGCCCAGUUUCUCAAACACUGCGACCCUCAUAAAUACUCCUGGUGGCAACAUCUCCUACAUGGCCCACACUCCGGACACCCAUAAGUGCUGGCCCAUCCGCCCCACACUUCGUAACGAGCUGGACACCUUUUCUGUCCACUUCUACGUCUUCUUCGGGCCCAACAUUUCCAUCCCUCCAGACCGGACUGCUGUUUUCGCCAUCAACCUUCUGCCCGUCCUGGAUAGUGGAGGAGUCCUAAAUAUGGAGCUGAAACUUAAUACGUCUUCACUGAAAGGAGAGAAUACAACCAUAUUUGGGUGCCUGAAUCACAGAAUGCCAAUGUCCCAAAACGACGAUACCUCCCCGCAAUGUGAAUCUGAAUCAGAUUCUGGGUUUCUUCUCACGGUGAACACCACUUCCAACAUCACCAAGCUCAGGAUUCCGUACCCACAAACAGGCACCUGGUACCUCAGUCUGCGUUCUCUCUGUGCCACUAAACAUGGGUUUGAGCCGUGUUCCAACGUGACAGCCGAGGUGUACCUGCGCUCUUAUCUGACGCCGUGCAUCAAUGACUGUGGGAUGUAUGGGCAGUGCAAGCUGCUGCGCACCAACAACUACCUUUAUGCUGCGUGUGAAUGUAAAGCAGGCUGGGCUGGCUGGGGGUGCACAGACAACUCCGGGGCGUACUCCUAUGGAUUCCAGCUCCUCUCCACCCUGUUGUUGUGCCUCAGCAACUUGAUGUUCGUACCACCUGUGGCUAUAGCCAUACGGAGCCACUACCUGCUCGAGGCAGCUGUGUACAUUUUCACCAUGUUCUUCUCCACUUUCUACCAUGCGUGCGACCAGCCGGGCAUCGUGGUCUUCUGUAUCAUGGAGUACGACGUGCUGCAGUUCUGUGACUUCCUGGGCUCCCUCAUGUCCGUGUGGGUCACUGUCAUCGCCAUGGCAAGGCUCAAGUCCAUCAUCAAGCAGGUGUUGUACCUGCUGGGGGCGAUGUCUCUGUCCAUGGCCCUGCAGCUGGACCGUCACGGCCUAUGGAACCUGCUCGGGCCCAGCCUGUUUGCCCUGGGGAUUAUGGCUGUAGCCUGGACUGUGCGCACCGUCCGACGGCGUCGCUGCUACCCUCCGACCUGGAAGCGCUGGGUGUUUUUCCUCCUCCCAGGAGCUCUGAUCGCCACCUCCGCCGUGGCCCUGUACGCCUUCGUGGAGACCCAGGAGAACUACUUCUACAUACACAGCAUCUGGCACAUGCUGAUCGCAGGUAGUGUCGGCUUCCUGUUGCCCCCUCCUGCCAAGGCCGAAACCAAGGUGACCCCCUUGAAGCAUCGGAGGAGCUGUGGCUAUCAACUCUGCGUGAACGAGCAUGAGGAAAUGGGGCUGGUCGACCCAAACAUCAUCUCCAUCAACAGCAUCUGCACCAGCUGAUAGCUCAGAUCCUUGACACUUUUUCUAUUGCCUUGUAUCAUUUGGUAUUUUUAACAUGGAAAAAAGCCAGGGACCUUGAAUAUGCAUAUACUUGAGUACACAGUUUUAUGUUAUUAUAAUCACUAGUAUUAUCAUAUUGUAUUAAUUAUUCUAUUGAUAUGAAAGUUAUUCUAAUGAAUUCAAUGUCACUCACAUUUGAUUGAGAAUGUUUUUUUGUUUUUUUUACUGAUCUUAGCCUAAACACUUGCUGCUACCUGACGGUGACUGUAAAACUGGUAAUAUUAGUUAUGAAAUGGGUGGUCUGUCUUUUUACCAAAAUAACUGAAAAUGUAAAAAGGUAAACUUUCAUUCACACCAAAAAUGUUUUUUUAUGUACAUUUUAUAAAUACAUGUACAGUAUAAAGCUGAAUCAGCAUCACAAUGUCAAAAUGUAAUGUUAAUCCUUGUUAAUAUUUGAUGCAAACUAUUGCAUUUGAAGGAAUGUGUUGACUUUUACAGGGCUGGACUGUAACAAAAUACAAACAUUAUUCCAAGGAAUUUCAAAAACCUAAUAUUAAAUGUUUGUUUCAGUCAGGAACUGUCCCAAUACUGAAACACUGAAUAUGUUUUUAAUAAAAAAGUUUUUCCCAUU